UGAACCCGAGCCGCCUUUGACAUCGAAUGCGGUGCAGUUGUCCAUUGGUGGCUACAUACGACGGGUACUGUUCCGGAAGGUUACCGUUACGAGCCGUGCUUAUGAUUUGCUCGAAGGAUUCAAAGCCAGCUUGCGGUGCAUAUUUAAGAUGUGAACCUUUGUCUCCUUGUACUUUCCACCUCCCUUUUCUUCACGACAUACCAUUACGAUAUCAAAAUGGCUUAUGCCGCGAACGUGAUUCGAGGUGAUGACCCAAGUACCACCAAGCUCUACGGCGAAAGAACGGCAAAGACUUCCUGCCAGUACCUUCUCCCUCAUGUCACAAAGUCUGCAAAAAUCCUAGAUGUCGGCUGCGGACCAGGUAUCAUUACUGCAGAUCUUGCAAAGAUAGCAUCGGAUGGUUCAACUAUUGGUGUCGACAAUUCGGAAGGCAUCAUCAAGCAAGCCUCGACCUCGUUCCCCGAUGUGCCCAACCUCAAGUAUCAGGUCGGGGAUGCCACCAACCUCAAGGACUUUGCUGACAAUUCAUUUGAUAUUGUUCAUGCUCAUCAACUUCUUGUUCACAUCUCGAACCCAGUUCCUGUUUUGAAGGAGUUCUACCGAGUCUGUAAGCCAGGUGGUAUCAUUGCUGUUCGAGAGUCCAGUCCUUCCGUCGUGUUAUUCUUGAAGCCUGAUUUGCCCGGAAUUCGACAAUAUUGGGAUAGAGCUAUGGCCAUGAUGCCCAAGAUUGGUGCCCAGACUCAAGCUGGAAUUGAUCUUGAGAAAUGGGCCAAAGAAGCAUUUGGUACAGAUGGAGAGAAGCUGGUGUAUACCAAGACCCCAGUCUGGAAUGCAGGACAUACCGAACGAGUCACAGGGCCGGCUGCCGCUCAUGCUAUUCAGUAUGGUAUGGCAACACAAGAGGAAAUGGAUCAGUGGGCGGAGGCUUGGAAGGAGUGGGAUGCGGCGGAGGAUCAUGAAUGGGUGUUUGAGGCAGGUGAAAUUCUAUGUCGGAAGGGCAUUUAAUCAAUUUUCCACAAUGUUAUGGCUCACUUCGGAGGAUUAGUUUGAGCGUGGGUUAUGUUUUCAUUUCUCAUUUACCCAUGUUCAUCAUUUUCCAGCAAGAAUUGCAGAAAUCCUCAAUGCUAUUCUUGGUGCUUUUUUGAGUGCAUAGUCCAGACUUGUAGGAGGGACAAUGUGUUGCAGGAUAUUCUCGAGAAAAAUGGCCGCAGAAUCCGUACAGGGUGUGAGUAAUUUUACACAUGAUUUGAAUAGAAUGCGGUGUAGUCCAAGUGCGCGGUCGUUAGUUAUUACUUCAAAGGUUAUUCUGCCGUUCCGAG